AGUUUUCACGUGGGAAGCGAUUGCCUUACUCCGAUUGCCUAUGAAAAAGGAAUAAUAACGUCUAAGCAAAUAUUUAAAUUAGCUGAGAAAUUUGGCUACCAUUUUAAUUUACUUGAUAUUGGCGGAGGUUUUACAGCUUUUUCAGCCCUAGAAACGACCUUUGCGAAGGCAGCUGCAGUUAUUAGUAAAGCAUUACAGAAAUAUUUCCCUCCGGAGUUGGGUGUUAGAAUUAUUGCUGAACCAGGUUAUUAG